UGUCAAAUAUGUAUCGGACAAAAUUCAAGAAAAAAGAACGUUUCAUUUGUGAAUGCUGCGAUUUUUCCACUGACCGAUUUAAUAACUACAAGCGACACUGUGAAACAAAAAAACACAGAGAUUGUUUAGAUUUAACAAAUCACGAGGAAACUCUCUCAGUUAGCGAUAUUUAUCAGGAUCAGCGAUCACAGGCCGAUGUUGAUCUGACAAGUUCUGAUUCUACAGACUAUGCUAUAGACAGCGAUGGCCCAUCUUGUUGUGAUUAUAUUGAAGAUCACAGCGUCACUUCAGAUUCUGAUGAAACAAAGGGAAACAAUUCAAAGCAAAUGCAACACGAAGUUUUGGACGAUGACGAUGAUGAAGAAAUCGAUACAAGGAUUACGAACGACCAAGAGUCCGAGCCAUCCGACUGGUUUCCAUUCGAAUCUAAGUUGCAUUUUCUUUUAAGUGUUUUACACAGCUCUAAAACUCACCGAGUUAGUGACGAAACACUCUCAUUUAUUCUCUAUAUUUUGAGAGAGUGUUGUGUAAAAAAUGUACCUUCAUUGGCUAAAAUCAAGUCAUUUUGGACAGAAAAUCUUAAACUGGAUGAGAUGAUACAACAGAAUACAGAUGAAAAUGGGAAUAUCCAUUGGAUGGUCAAACCAUCUGCGAUGCUUCAAAUGCUUAUAGCAAAUCCUAGCACUGCACAGAAAAUAGACAGAUAUCCAAAUAUCUUAAAAAUCGGCACUCAUAAAAUCACAACACAAAGCUCUGCUGAAAAGUGGAAGGAAAUGAAAUUCCAUUGGGGCAAAAGCAAAACAAUGGAUUUUAUUUUGGGAGAGUUUAUUGAAUUUUCCCACAAAGAGAAAACACUGUUGGGGAAAAUUAGACAGUUCAUGGUAAAGGAAUGUGACCAGGAAAAUGGUGAACUCUGUGUUGAAGUUGAGGAACUCAGAAAGGGUGAUCACCCCUACUUUGAAGAUUUGUUUAAUGAAGAAGAAAAUAGGUGUUUGGUGAUUAUGAACAAAUCACUCUGUGUCCCAAUUGAUAAAUGUUCUAAGUACACAGUAUCUCAGCCAAUUGAUGUGUACCUGAGAGAGGUUAAUGAUGGAUAUGAGAACUUCAAUUUACUGUCAGAAGAGGAGAAAAGGGAUUUUUUUGCAACAUCUUCACUCUGGAAAGGAAAACCCAUCAUUAAAAUUCCUCUUAAUAUAUUUGUGGAUGAUUUGUCUGCAAACCAGUCCCGGAGAUGGGCUCCUUUGCAUGGGAUACAAGCUCAAUUGGCUGGUCUUCCUUUGGAGGAAAAAAACAAGAACAAGAACUCGAUAUUUCUAGCAGCAUCAGAACAGGUUGCAAUGAUGGAGCUUUUAAAGCCAGUAUGUGACGACAUAAAAAUGUGCGCAGAAAUAGGAGUUGACAGCUAUGACGCCUUUUUAAAGCAAGAAAUAACGCUAACAUCAGAAAUUUCAUCCAUAAUAUCCGACUACCAGAUGAUGAGUUUGGUUUCAAAUCACAUGGGACCUGCAGCAAUUAAGUUUUGUCCCAAAUGUUUGGCUGACAAAUCAGACCCAUUUACAAUAUGGCCAUUGCGAACAUCAUCUGCAACAAGGAAAACACUAAGGAGACUUGAAAUUCAUGCUCAAGGUAGUGCAAGAACAAUGAUACAAAAGCAGACCGGUAUCAAAUUCUACGACAAUUGCUUGUGGCAGCAUGUUGAUCCCCACAGGGAUGCACCUGUAGGAAUUCUUCAUUUCUUGUACCUUGGAUUAGCAAAACACUUGAUUCAGCACUGUGUCAGAACUCUAAGUGAACACCAGAUGCAACUUUUGACUUUACAUUUGGAAACUGUUGAUCAAACUGACUUUUCCUACCGCAUCAAUGCUGACACUUUUUUCAAGUUUUUGGACAGUCGACAAGGAAAGGAUUAUAAACAUUAUCUUCAGGUCGCUCCAUUUAAUAUGGAAUUCGCUGGGUUGAAAAUGCCAUAUGUUGAAGCACUUGGAAAGCUUGCUUUGAUAUCCAAGCACAUUUAUCAAGGUGUUACGUCAGUUGGUUCUGAAUUUGAAGAUUAUCUUGCAUUUAUCAAAGACAACAUUCCUCAACUUGGCAGCAAAAGCAAGACACAUUUCUGUGUUCAUAUAUCUGAUGACAUAAUAAGGCAUGGCCAUCCUCUUCAUUUCACUGAAGACGUGUUUGAAAAAAACCACAAAUCAAUAAGAGAGAGUAUUCGUCAUCAGAACGGCCAUCAAAGGUCAAGGGAUACGGUCAUCCAAUUUGCAAAGUCAGAAUUGACAAAACAUGUGGUGUCUGGAGGUUUCUUGCAUUUGAAUGAUACAUGGAAACAAGCUAGCAGUUUUGUGCUGUCAUAUGGAAAUGACAAGAAAAUCAAGUCUUUUCUUGGAGUCCCUGACCAAAAUGAAAAUUUUAAAGCUGGGGAGCUGCGGAACGUGACCAGAACUUCUUCAAGGAAACCAAUGGGUAACCCCAAUCUACUGGAAGAGUUGGAGUUGCUCACAAUAUCUGUUGCCAUUGACACUGAUAUUGCUAAAGAUGCAAAACUAUACAGCUGCCUAGGAUGCAUAACAAGCGAAGGAGAUUAUGCAGGCAUUCAAAGCUUUGUCUUAUAUUCAGAAACUGUAAAGGACAGGAUUGGAGUGAUUCAGAAGCUUCUACGUAUAAAGACCAAGACAGCAGAACACGAGAUAGCUUUUUUGAAAGUGUGCAACAUUUCCUUUACAAGUUGCAACCAAGUGGUGCAGUUAACAAAUGAGACUCACAUUAAGAAAACAUGCCACAUUCGGCAUGUUGUUCAUGUUAUUCAUGACUGCAAACGAGGUGGCUGCAGAGUUGUAGAGAAUCACAAUGAAAAAUCUCUAAAGCACAGCAAUCACAAUGGUUACAUUAUUAACAGAUUUAGAAUUUCCAAACUACCCGAUAAGCUACAAUUAUAAUUGUUGGUGCAGAUCGAUACAGUUAGUUCAAAUGCAGAUUAAUGCUAGGUACUUUUAAAUGAAUAUUCCAAGUCUUGUAAAUGAUUUUUUUUUAAAAUUUACCAAUUGGAAUAACAUUGUAUUAAUAAAUAGAUAAAUUAAAGAAAAAUUUGCUACAGCAAAAAUCUCAUUAUAAUGACAUUUUUCAAAGAAAACCAAUGAGUUUUGUCAGUAAUGUUUACAUAUGACAACAGCAAAAGAUUCUUGCCUUAUUUUUUGGAAAAUUAUCUAACUAGUGUUAUUUUUGAUUUGUAGUCAUUCUGCUUUGAAAUGUUCACUUAUCACUUGUAAAGUUUUACAAUAGAAUAGCAUUAGCAGUUUUGUGUGCCUUUAUUGUGUAUAAAGCACCUUUUCUAAUCUAAAUAAGUUUGUAUUUCUAUUCUUGUUAUAAAAUAGGUUUGUAUUUCUGUUCUUUUUAUACAUGUUAAAUAGGUUUGUAUUUCUAUUAUUGUUAUACAUGUAAACUCUUUAUUAUAUGAUGAUGAUAUUGUAUUACUACCUGAAAGCAAAAAUGGGUUUACAUAACUGUUUAAAUAUUCUUGAAACAGUUCACCCUUGAAACAUAUUGUUCUAAAUCAAAAUUACAGGUCAAUAUUGAAAAAUCAAAAGUUCUUUUAUUUAAUUCAAAUGUGAAAUCUUGUAUUGAUAAAUUAAUUUACUUAUAAUGGAAAUUUACUUCAAACUGUGUCAAAAUAUUGUCAUUUGGUUUAACUUUAAUAUGUAAUGUACUGUUUAUAACUUUGCUACAGCAGUUCUCAUGGAAAAGACCAGAAAAGCUUACUAUAAGAUCAAGAAGACAAUUGGACUAGAAAACCUGUGUAAACUUUUAGAAAAACUUUUUGACUAUAUAGUAACACCAGUUCUUUUGUAGUGAGAUAUGGGGUUUAUUUGCUAAAAAUUGAUGAAAAUUCUGUUAUCUAUCAGAAAUUUUUUCCUCUUAUGUGAAUGGGAAAUAUAAUGAUAUAUCUAUGUAAACAAUAUUCUGUUUAUACAUAUCUUAGGCCUUUGCCUAUUAUUGUAAGUGUGUUUGUGCCAAUAAAAUAUUAGUAUUUGUUAUACUUGUAUUAGUCAUAUAAUUUAUUGUUGUAUAUUUUUAAAAAAUACUAAAAAGUAUACAAAUGAUAGUUUCAAAAAAAGGCUUAUUAUGUAUCUUUAUUUCAAAAGUUAUUUUUUCAUGAUAAACAUACAUCAUAUAUUUCAUAAAUUUAAAAGAAAUAUUUGUCUUUUGCGUACUAAUUGAUGCAUAUUGUUGUUAAAAACCCAAAUAAAUAAAUGCAAAUUUGAUGCUACCAAUUUGAUCUUGUUUCAUGUUGUAUAUUCCUUUCACAAUAAUGAAUUAAGUAUGGUAGUCAUUCUUAAUAAUAUGAUAAACAGUCUAAUUUUUCCGAAUAUUGACAGUACUUAAAAAAGGAUGCAUAUUGAAAGCAAUUAUAAAAGCAAAACAAGAAAUUAUAAUAGAAAAGUGAACAUGCUUUUGGAAAAGAAAAAUAAUUCAUGUGAAAACAAUUUCACGUGAAAUUCACAUGAAAUUUUUCACGUGAAUUUCACGUGAAACUGUUUUCACGUGAAAUUUUAGUGAAAAAUGUGUGAAAUUUUCACGUUAAAUUCACGUGAAACACAUUCACGUGAAAUUAACGUGAACAAAUUCACGUGAAAUUCACUUAACGCGAAAUUCACGUGAAAUUCACGUGUAUUUCACGUGAAGCUUAACGUGAAAUUCACGUGAAGCUCAUUUCACGUGAAUUUCACGUGAGGCACAAUUGGC